AUUGCUUCAUAAAAUCUCACACAGGAUUAAUGCAGUUCCUCAUCAAGAGCUGUUUAGUCCGUUGAUACAACCUUUAUCUAGAAAACCAUCACAAGGGUAAAGUGAAGUGUCUAGAGGCGGGCCAGCAGCAUGUGAUCUAUGAGAAAAUUAUUUUGUUUUCCACAAGUUAUGGAGAGUCACAGAGGGAAGUGCGAAGAAUUGUUCUGACUGACACACAGCCGUACAGUAGAUGCAGAUCCUUUUAAGUGAUGAUAGAAGAGAGAAGUUGUCAUUCCCCUAACGAUGAACCUGCAGACAGGUGACACCGACCUCCCCCAGAACAACGUUUUGGGUUCUCGCAACUCUGUGUAUGACGCCCGUUCCAUUACCAGUGCUGAGUUCGUGGCCAGGCUUGAAUCGUAUGAGAGCUCAGGGAAGAAAAGUAUAUCCGAUGUCAGAAGAACCUUCUGCCUCUUUGCCACCUUUGAUGUCUUGUUUGUCACUUUACUGUGGAUCAUAGAACUAAAUGCAAAUACUAAUAUUAUUGAGGCCUUGCAGAAAGAAGUUUUACAAUAUGACUACUACUUUUCAUUUUUUGACAUAUUUUUGCUGUCAUUCCUUCGAUUUAUUGUGCUUAUUGCUGCAUAUGCAAUAUUCAGACUACGCCACUGGUGGGCAGUAGCAUUAACAACAGCAAUAACGUGUGCCUUCCUGAUAGUGAAAGUCAUUUUAUCUAAGUUAUUUUACCAAGGUGCUUUUGGAUAUGUACUUCCUAUUAUGUCCUUUAUCUUGGCUUGGAUAGAAGCAUGGUUUCUGGAUUUUAAAGUUUUACCCCAAGAAGCAGAAGUGGAAAACCGACGUUUUAUGAUACAAAGUGUUUCUGAACGAGCUCCAUUUAUGCUACCCGGACCAAUAUCAGAUGGGCAGUUCUAUUCACCCCCAGAAUCUCUUGCAGAUUCUGAUGAAGAAGCUGAUGAGAAACAAGACAGCGAAAAGCUUCUGGUGUCAAAAUAGCAAGAAAUAUGUUUUUAUUGCAUGAAAUCUAAUCGAUAAGAGGCAACAGUGAUGAAUCCUCAGCAGAUCAUCUACCGGAGCGCUAUUUGCAGAUGAUAAACCCAGAUUCAGCUACGUACACAUCACAGAUGCUGCUGUUC